AUUGUAUUCUUCUACUCAUUGGGAUAUUACAAAUAUAUUAGUUUUAUUAGCAGAAAUAUAAGGUUUAUCUACCGUAAUCCAAUUAAGGACUGGUAAUAAGUUUUUAUAGAGUACAUAAUUCGUACUCUUCACUUUGGUUUAUCAUGGUUUUUGCGAAGAUUGUAGCACUACUCGAGUUUGUAUACAAAAAUAAGUUAUUUCAUUGGUAUAAUUCACCCUUAAAACCUUUGACGUGAAGAUUUAGUUCAAGAGAAUCAAUUUCGUGUUCGGCAUUCUCGCCUAUUGAUGACAAUGAUUAGGACUUUCUUAUAAUAUCGCGAAUUUUUACGAGUAUUUUGAGAGGUAUUGCAGAUCCCUAACACCUUUGAUCUUUCAUGAACAUUUAAAUUGGAAAUCGGCCUGUUUUAAUAUUAUACUACUCGUCUGUCGUAAGCAACUUCGCUAUUACCGAGAACUAGGGAUUUCAGCAUCCAAUAUGCGGAAAAACAAAUUAUUGUCUUUACCUCGGUGUAGUUGUUUGACCAUACAUAAGAGUGUUUGUUCACGGAAUUAACACAUGUUUGUUAUUUCCUUAACAACAUUUCUGUUUUAUGUGCGACGUUUACUUCGUAGUCAGUUAUAAUCGUUUGUAUAGGUUGUCGACUUCCUACUUUUUUGGUUCCAAAUAACUUCUUUUUUGGCUUUGAUUUCACAGAGAAGUAAACAAUGAAUUCAUUGUAAGGUACAGGUUUUAAUCUUUGUAUUCUAUUUGAUUCACGCUAAAGAAAUGGAGUUUUGUUAAUCGAACGCGUGGUUUCUGAUUGAAUUUACUUUUCUCUAUUACAAUCAUUUAAGGUCAGCACACUUUCAUGACUACAAACUUCAACACACCGUUAAACGUUCCUGCUAAACUGGAUAAUGGAAUAUCAAUAAAGCAGAAGGCUGAAUGCUUAUCUCGAUCAACAUUGUCAAGGCGUGCUACUGAGUUUCACAAAUCGAAAACAUCAGUUGAUGUAAAAUUAGUCAGUAGGCAUUCAUUUCUAUGCGGAAAUAAACCAAACGUUUGCCUAGCUUAUGAUUUUUCAAGCUUAGAUAAGGAGGCAAUUCGAGAUCGAGGGAUUCUUGUGAGACAAUUAAGCCCAUCUCUUACUGAAUUACAAAACACUUCUAAACCACUUCAGAACACAAAUAUUAUCUCAGAUACCUCGGACUCCAAUCCUUUUACUCGUUCAGAUGAAAGUUCGUUUCCAGAAAAAGAAGUUUCUGAUAUUGGCCUUGCCAGUGUGAUGCAAACAACUCAGGAAUUUGUUCGCACCAAACAAAAACGAAGCUUUCAGACUCAUCUACGUUCUUCAAAUGCGCUUCCAUUAAUCCCUAUGGUGGUUGGACCGCGAGCAAUAUUGCCUUGGUCUUCUGAUCGUUUGAAACAGUUAAUUCAAAUCUUUAGUGUAAAUGAAUUCGGAUUACAAGCUGUUAGUCUAACUGGUGCUGAUUCAUGUGAUUGCGAAGGUCAAGUUCGUGUACAUAUAAACUUACUCCGCCCUAUUCAAAUGUUACUUACAGCUAGACCAGCUUCCAUUUUCGACGUAGUUGGUGCAAAAAGUGAUGAAACAGAUGAUGAUGAUGAUGAUAAUGAAGAUGACGAUGGGGCAGAUGUUAGUGAUCGAUCUGAAGAUGAUCAGAAUCUUUGGUUGGUCCAAGGCGACAACAAUAAUAACUGCCAUCUUGUUUCGAAACAACACCCUUCUAAUACACCACAUUCCUUUGUAUCAGCCAACAUUCCAUAUUUUUCACCAAAUAAUAAAGUGCAUAAAGCUGAUGGAAAUAUUGUUGAGUCACAUCGUCGGUUAGGUAGAACAACUUCAACAGUAUCUACUUUUCGGUUACCAAGAGGAAGCACAAAAUUGUUGCAUGUUCGACUAUCGACAACUGCACAAAUGGUUAUUUGUGCACUACUUGAUCGAUUUGGUAUACGAGAUAAUCCUCAAAAGUUUGCUUUAUAUGAACACACAAUUGAAGGUGAUCAGAAAGGUCAGUUAUAACGAUGUCAUGUGAUGUAUUGUAAUAUUUUAAUAUGUCUUUCUAAAACAGAUGAUUAGAUCAUUAAAGUGUUGAAGCAUAGUUUACGGUAUUCAUAGUGUGUUGGGUUGUAAUUAUGUAUUAGCUUUUCACUUGGUUGUGUUUUGAUAUUAUUCUUAUUGCUGAGGGGGCUAGGGAUGAACACACAGUAGGUCAGUAAAGUAAACACUCGCUACACUUGCACUGUUCAUAUUGGACUUGACAAUUUUGUCUCGAUUGUUUAUUAACAAGAGGAGUUUCCCACAUAUUUAACAUUGUACAUGAAUUACAUUGAAUGGCUUUACUAUAUCACGAUUUGGAUGAAGUCAGUGGAUUUUAGCAGUAAUCCAAGCACAGAAUGCUUAUUGUGAAACCUAUAAAUCCUGGAUUCAGUGUUGUUCUUAAGCUAAAAUUAGUCAUUCCUAUAGAUCCUAAAAUCGGGAAAUGACUAACUGCACAGUGUUCUAUAGUUUUUAAUCGUCCUCUAUAUCAUGUUUUUUCUUGAUGACAACAUUUUGCAAAUUAAUUCACUUAUUUCAGAGUUUAGAUAAAUAGCUUGUAACCUACUUUCUUAAAUUUUCUAUUAAUGGAUUCAAUGUGCAAUGGAAUAAAUGGACCUAUAUUUGUUUUCAAUCAGUCUCAGGAGUAAUAUCUUUGAAACUAUUGUAUCACAGCAGUGCUAGGUUACUUACAAAGAUUGUAAAAAAAUUCUACUUAUCAGCUAACGAAUUCAACAAGUUUAACACUGGACUAUAUUGAGUCAUGACCUUUAGGCUUUGUUCUAAAUUUCCUAUUCCAAUUUUUGUUCCGGGAUCAUCAUAAAAAUUAGUUUCACUAGGCAGCUAGGUUUAUCUUGGUUUUUAAUAAACCGCAGAAAAAAAUGGUGUAUAGGAUUUAAAACUGUGAGAGAUUCGAACCCGCAGCUUAAUAUUUGGAAGUUACCGCUACUUCGACUAAAGUAUAGACUAAUUCUGAUUUGCCUAAAAAUUCUAAUCGAUGAAAAUUCUAAUGAGCUAUUAGAUUGUUAACCUGUUAAAUAGGAUUUUUAGUUUAAAUUUUAACUGCACCAAUCGUUUUUAUUGCUUCUACGAACAGUGCUUAGCUAACUUUUGUUCAUUUUUCUUCCAAAUCCAGUGUAUUUUUCAUGAUAGUGUUUGUUUAGGUAUCCGUGUGUCUGCUGACUGAAUGUUAUUAUCAUAAUCCAUGUUUAUGGCAUAGAUUAUUGUAUAAAAUAUCACUUCUGUUUGAUACUUCAAUUCCAUAUUUGUCUAGUAACCUUUACAUUAUAUGCAAAAGACAACCAUUUAGCUUGUUACAAUUGUUUACCGGAGGCUUAAAUUGUUGCAUAACUUUGAUUUACAUGUGUAUUUAUGCAUGAACUCAUAAUAUUUUACAAGUGUUACUCUUAUUAGGUUAACGUACAUGAUCCAUAUUUUCUUUUUGUUCAACCUUAUAAACAUUCAAAUUAGGUCACUAGGUUACAAUUACCAUUUGACUCUGUCUAGCAUUGAAAAAUAGUGAACAGGAUUUCGAGUUACCUAGACUAAUGACCGCAUUAGAAAUUGGUCGAUCGAAUUUAAUUUUCACGAAGGAUUAAAGAAGCAUAAUAUUGUUGAUUACUCGGUGAUCAAUCUGUGUAUCCAUGUUACCUGCUUAUCUCUUAGCUUAUAGUAAUUAUACUAAUCCGAACUCAUUGUUCCAUCGAUUUCGGUUUAGAUGAUUGAGUAGUUUGAUUAUCUUUUGUACAAAGUGUGUGUGUAGUCCCAAAACUGCCUACAUUAAACCUUUUCUUACUUAAUGUGUUCCAGUUAUAAACUUUUCCUCAUAUUAGUUUCUUCUCUUUCAAUCAAAUUUCCAUUGAGCAUUAACUAUCUCCACUCUUCAAAGAUUAUAAAUAUAAUUGAAGACAGUUUUGAUUACAUUCAACUUCUCUUUUAUCCUUUAGUUUCUGUACGAAAAUUAUUUGAUAAUGAAUCACCGUUGGGGUUACUAUUCAAGUGGGUCGAUCAAGAUCCAAGUAAUUUUAACAGCAUUCUGAGUGUGAAGCGAUUAGUAUUACAAGAGAAUGAAACUGGUGAUAUUGAGGUAAGUUAUUUAUUACUUGUGUGUUAUCAAUCAUCCUGCUUACUUACGCCUGUUACCCACCCCUCGUGAGAGUACAGCCUGUCGACCAGGGUUUCUCUGGUUAGUGUUUUUUUCAGCAAUAUUGUUUUCUGAGGGAUGGAGUUGCUGACCCCAUGCUUGACACUCCUCCUUUGUCCGGGCUUGGGACCGGUAGUGACCCUAGAAGGGUUACAGGCGAGUAUAUCUACCUACGAGACAUCACUGCUUCAAUGGUUACAGAACAUGACGAUUAACCGCUGCAUUUCACAACGAGACAGCAAGCAUCCUGACCCUUCGUCAUCAAAUUAUGUAGCUCAAAACCUUGUAUAAUAAUAACCUAUACAUGGUAAUUAAUUUAAAUAUGUUACGACGGUACACACAGGUUUUAUUUCCUAUUUGAUUACAAUAUUUUUUCGAGCACACUGUCAAAUCUUCUAUCAAGACAAAUCCUUUCAAUGUGUGCUGCCUGUCUGUUCAAGUUAUUUAUCAGCUUGGCUUUAACCUAAAUACGUUCAUUUUUGUUAUUUCAGAAAUUUUACAGAAAGCUGUUUGUACCUUGGAGGUGGUCCAUUUAUAUCAAUUAAAUAUCUCAGUUAAACGGAUAGCUCGAUGUAUUAAAAAUAUACGUAUUAAGUCCUAACUGUUUUAUGACAAAUUCGUAAUAAUUUGAGCAAUUUACUUUAUUGAUAAAUCAACUGUAAAAACAUUAUUGAAUCAUUAAAUAUCAAUGACUUUUGAGAAGGCUUCAAAAUUUAUACUACCUCAAGUAGAUUUGCUUAGGCAUCCAAGAUUUCAAUCAUUAUUUUUUUUUACAAAUUACAAUUCAACAUCCCAACAAUAACUUUUCAUUAAGAAAAUUUCUCAUUGAAAAUAUGCUCAAUGCAAACAAUUGUACUUAUAUGUGAUAAUAAAAUAAAUGCAACUCAGAAAAUAUGUCAAUAACUUCAUGUUUGUUGUGUACAUGUAUUUUAUUAAUUAGCUGAUUUGGACACUUUGAAUAAGCCUAUUACUUAGUAAUUGUUUAUCGAUUCAUAUUUAGUUUACAAGCUGUUUCAGUGUUUAUAGACUGAUUGGGUUUUUUAAAAAUGGGAUUUAUAAACUUUUGGGAUAAAUGUGCUCGUUAUCAGACUAUCACUGUACUAUAUGUGAAAAUUAUAUUUGAAAUAAUCUCAGCGAUUGAAAUUUAAAUAAUUCCAACGUUUCGUCCAGCUAACUUGUCUGGACUUCUUCAGGGUAAUAAUCAAAAUUAAAUUUUAAUUUCAAUCCCUGAGAUUAUUUCAAGUAUAAUUUUCACAUACAAUGACUUCUCUAUACUCGGCGCCCAAUUUCUGUCAAACUAUUCGUUAUAAUCUUGACGAAUAUUCGUAUAUAUCACUGUAUUGUUUUUAAAAGCAUAAAAUUUUCUACUGUUUGUGGAUAGAUAUAUUGUGCUCGUUGCAUUCAAAUACUAAGAACUUUCAUGUAAAAAGUAUCUGGAUUUAAUUUUUAACUGAUAACUUUUAUUGGAAUUCAGGUAUAAGUUCUGUAAUAUCUUUGAGGUGGUGAUGAAUGAAAAUGUGAACAGUGCAGUAAGAUAAUAUUUUCCCUGAGGUGUUUCAUUAGAUACUAUUUUCUGGUCAUUUUUUAAACCAAGGUUUGCAGUCGGAACUGGACAAGAAAAUACUGCAUUCUCAUAUGCAAAUGUAUACUAUGGUAGGAUUGUUAGUGGAACGUAUUUACUAAGUACACCUCCAAAUACUCUGUUUCAAGCCAUACUUUUCACAUGGAGGUUAGUGUUACCACAAAUUCUCUCAAGCCCAAGUUGAAUGGGGUUUAAAUAUGGGACUUAGUAACUGGAACUUGCGUGCCCUAACCUACUGACCAUAUCUCCACCAAGGUUUGAAGUAUUAUGUAACUCCUCUACCAAGUAGGUAGCUAUGUACUUUGCCUUGAGCCACACUACUCAUCUGACUGCCACUGAUAUUACUUACCCGAUAUAUAAAUAGAUGGAGCUUAAUUUGAAUCCGCAACUUGCUGAUUGAAAGCUCUGGUUGGUACUAGAGCCUUUAAUGACACAUUAGUUAUCAUUUAAAGCAUAAUGUCACAAAAGCUGUAGCUAAAUAUUUCAUCGCCACUAAUCUCAAGUUAGUAUACAGUUCCAUCAAGUUGUUUAUACGAUUACAUUUUUACUGAGAAGGGAUAUUAAACUCAGCUCAUCAUAGUAUAUAUAUUACAAGAUAAUGCCUCUACUUUGUUUUUUUUCCAUUCUUAGUGGACCACAUUUAGUUUAUCAGAAUUGUAUACAUUUUUGGGAAUAUUGAAUCGUGAAGAAAGUGAUUAUCGUAGACGUAUUGAAAUGAAAUAUGAAAUACGCAGGAAAGAGAUAAAACGUUUAAUGGAACUACAUAAUAAUAAAUUUAAAUCUUUAGACAAAUCAUUCAAUUGUCAAUUCAAUUCUGUUACUUCGGAUGUAACCACUGUAAUUGCUGAACGAUAUGAAAAUGAAGAGAUAACUAAACAAUCAUGCGAUGAAAAUUUGGAAUUUAAUGCCUAUUCUUGCAUGGAUUCAUUGUCUGCACCGGUUUCGCCAACAUUAUUUCGUAAAACAAACAAACAGAUAGAUUUAAACGCUUGCAUAGUGUUCGGUUUUAGACAAAAGGGAAAUAUUCAUCAAUCUUAUGGUUAUUGAUUUGGUAAGCUAUAUCACUCCUACGCAACUGAAAUGCACACACAUAUAUAUGCACACAUUGAAUUUACGCACCUAAAGUAUUUCAUUUCUUAACUUGUUCUGCUGACAUUAAGUAUAAACAGAACAUCGAUCAUGGUUUACAUUGAUAUCCUGAAAAUUCUCGUUACUGUGAUGUUCCAUAAACCGAACAAGUAAUAUAAAAAUCAGGGUGUCCCUGUUAAAGCUUGUCUGUAUAUGUUGCAAAUUUGUGAGUUUAUUUGUACCGAUUAUUUUUUUUAUUAAAACGGAUAAAAAUAAUAUUGGUGUAUAGUGUUCAGUUGAUAUAUGUCAAUAAGAGAUAUCAUUUUAAAAUUUGUCCAUCUUCGUUCAUCCGAACUUUCGAGAAUCAUUUUAUCCUUUCACAUAUCUUUAAUUUGUAAUUUUAAAUAGAUUGAUCAUGUUUAAAAAUAUUUUAGAUAUCUCAUGAACUGGAGGAAAGAGAGGAUAUCUCUACUUUCCACUUCUAAAAGUGAAAUAUAAUACAGAUCGUAAAGAAUAUUUAAAUGGUCUUAGUAUGUUACAUUAGCCCUGAUUUGUGUGUACUUUACAUGGACAUUAAAGUAUCAUGACAUAAACAACUUUACUAUUAGGUUAGUAGCAGCUUAGUUGGCUAUCCACUCAACUUCAAAAUAUGUUUCAGGUUCUUGUUUUACGCACCUACUUUGGAAAACCGGAUAUUAGUAGUAGUAUUAUUAACCACCAAAGAAAACGUCCAGCUCAAAGACGAGAAGAACAUGUACUUGUACUCAACCUCUGAAGCGAUCCGUUAGACGUAGUUGAAACUUUAGUAUAUCUGGGUCGUUGUAUGAGUUCCGAUAAUGGCGUCGGUGAUGAAAUUAAAAGUUAGAGUGACUUAUACCAAUCUGGGCCAUUUUCAAGGUUGUCUUGAUGUUGGUUUGAUUGUAAAACUCCGGGUUUAUAACGUGUCGUGGUUGGAGAUGCUAGGUCCCCAUAAACCACUUGGUAAACGUCUUAUUUUUGUAACUUUAUUUUGGACAUUUGGAUUUCUCAGUUACGAAGAGCAUCCACUUUUACCUUCAGUUUGUAUUUUCCGCUUAGAAGGACCUUAAAUGUCACCGGUUUGUUUCCUCUUUUAGUACGCUAUUUUGUAAAGUUUUCUAAGAACAUUUUUGCAGGUUGCUUGUUCGUUCGUGCUUCCGACUGCUUGUGAAAUAUACAUUUCCCUCUGUUGAAUCUGGUCUUCUCUCUCUAUUUAGUAGGGCUGAGAGCAGUGUAAUUGUUUUGCUUAUCCUGUUGUAUUACUGACCGUUCGCCGGUUUUAGAUUAUAUCGUAAUCUCUUUAAACGUAGCAAUCUUUAUGAGCAGUUAUGCUAUAUACUUGGAAAAUCUGUUCUCUCUGAGUUGGUUAUAUUCAACGACUUUCUGUGUUUGGUAAUCGUUGUCUCCAAAGGAUUGCUGACAUCCAGCGACAACACCACAUUAGUAAUUCUGAGGUUCGGCAGUUUGCGUUCCACCUCAAUAAUCACAAUGUAACUAGUGUCACCAUCUUGAAACACCAGUUUCAGUAGCUUGGGCAUGUCGUACGGAUUUAUUCCAGAGAUUUCCAUAUCUCUAUUUGCCAUUUUGGGGCUCGGGUGAAUAAGGCAGAAAGGCGGUCAGUUUAUUAUAUGGUGCCGAGGUAUCAAAGGAGGCUGUAUAGGACUAGGAUUUGUGGGUCUAUCUUGACUCGCUGGUUCAGGUCUUAGAUACAGUGCAUCUCGGUGGCUUUAGAAGUUAUUAGACAUAACUCAGAACAAAAACUAAUGGUAAUCCCGCCUUAAUUUUCCUUUACAUUCUUCAUAAAAUGUGGUUAGGACUCUCUUAAUUGAAAGGCUUCUCCGUUGUAUUUUCAACUGGACUAUUAUUAUUAUUAUUAUUAUUAUUAUUAUUAUUAUUAUUAUUAUUAUUAUUAUUAUUAUUGAUGACUUCAUUCAAUAUUCUAUUUUUGAUACGACAUGGGAUUCUCAGCACAGUGUUUCAGCGAAUUUUCCUUUCUUGAUCGAUACUAAUGAUAGGUAUUAAAAUCUUGUAGUGAUACUAAGAAAUUUUUUGUAAGUCAUUUAACCAGGAUUCUUGAAUUGCGACUACACCACAAUUACGAUACAUGCUUAAAAUUAAUAGGAAUUGAAAACAGUCAACCUUGCCAAUUAGUGAUCGCCAGUUAGAUGUUAGCACUUCAUGUAUCGACAUCUGAACAAUGUUCAUUCUUUUCAAUGCAUACUGCCAGCCACCAUGAUGUCUCUCAUUGUUUUUUGUAAGUUAUACAGAGAAACGUUGUGAAAUUUUCAUAAAUGCGCAAAAACAGGUAACUUUUUGAAAUAUCGAGAUGGCAGGAACAGGUAUCCCAUGUAUUCAAACAGUCCCCCAGUAUACACUACUUUCGUCGACUUUUAUUCAUUUAUUUUUAAUCAUCCUCCACCUCUAUGUCGCUCCAAGAAUUCAUUUCCUUAUUCGUGUGGGGAAUAUUUAUUUUUAUUGCCUAGUUGUACCAGAAUUUAUGUGUAUUAAAUUAAUAAGUACAUGAAGGUCGUAAUAUUGUAGGCGAUUUUCCCCCAAAUGCCCUCGUACGGCCGAGAGUGGGGAAAGUUCGUUCUCACUCUCGAAAUGCUCUCACAUGGCCACUUGCAUACAACCACUGCCACGGAAGUCCCACUCAUUGCCUUCUCGCACCACAGGUGUUAUUUACGUAAUUGAGGGGACGAAAGGCGAAUGUCCGGCGCUUUAACCGGAUUGGUGGACACGGAGAGUUUACCUAGGGGAGUUGGAAAACCCUGAUUCAAAACCAAUGGUGCACAUGGGCUGCAGUAUCCUAAAAGAACAAAUGGUGUACAAACCAAUUAUUGGUCACCUGCUACCAUAGAACUGCAUGAUAUUGCUCCACUACCUUGUGGAUUAGACCUUUUGGUCGAAGGCUCCGGGUGUGACCUCCUAAGAAAACCACCUUCGGUCUGGGCACCCGGGCAGUAUCACAGCCCUCACACAUGUCAAAUGAGAUUUGUGUGAUGCAUAUGUAUUUGGUGCCUCCUUGUACCAAUAUCUAUGUGUUCAAAUAAUAAAUAAUAAUAAGAAUAUUAUAAGAUACUCUGUCAAAGUCAUUGCAUAGAAGGAUUCUUCGUUUCAAUUGUAAUUUUUCCGAAAUACAUACUUUAAAAAUACCUUCUGAGUUUCAUAUAUCCGGUAUCUUUAAUUAAAUGAUUUAUUAGAGCUCAUAUUUGAGUAUAUUUGAAUUAUAACUAAUAGCGGAAUCCGGACUGCACUUCUCGUUCUAUUUGCGUUACACUGGCUGGAUUUACCUACAUCUUAGAAUAAUUGUUUGUAUAGAAAUUCGUACGUUAUAUUGAUUGCUCCAAACCCUAAUGAAAUACUUAGUUUAGUUAAUCACUAACUUGUUCAAUAGGUUACGUAUGAAGUUUGUUCUUCAGGAUUUGUAUUUCUUCGUUGGCAUUCCUGUAUUCCACUGCUAGUCACAAUCUACGUAUAUUGGAGCUUGUAACAGAGAGGCUAUAUAAAGGUCUUUUCUCAGGAUAACGUCAUGUCAACAAAGACUGAUCAAUUACAGUCCUGGAUUUCCAAAACAUUAAUAAAAACCCUUAUAUGUGUUCCAAUCUGCAACUAGUCACCCAUUAGUACUUCAACCUUACAUUUAUGUAUAAAAGGUUUAUUGAUCCAACUCUUACAUAAGUUUGUUAAUUUUUGCUUAAAUAAAUCACGUAUUCAUGUGGUUAUAAUACUAAAACUAAUCUUCAUAUAGCCCGUUUUCUCUUCAAAAAGUUUAGUUUUUCACGAGCCUCUUGCUUUUUUCUUUCUUGCCAAUACAUGACAGAUUACAGAUAUAUCACCAAAGUUUUAAGCUCCCAUCCAGUUGUUUUUUUUUUCAAAAUAUUUUGAAUCGAACCCUGUUGUUGAACACUUCGAUACAAUCAUCACAUUCCUAAUUUAUAUCAGAAUACUUUUUUAUUUGUUAAGAUUACAUACACCUAUUGAACCAUAAUUUGUUAGCGUUAUGACCAUAACGUACCUGCUAGCUAAGUUAUUACAUAGGUAAAUUCACUUGUCUACAAAAACAUUCACUCUUCAUAUAUUAUCUACACACAUUAUACUUAUACACCAGAGCAAAAUGUUAGUGCUCUACUGUACAUAAUUCGUAAAACCUAGAAUAAUGCACUGGUUUCAUCAUAGAAAUCUAACACUAAUCAAACUCUCCAUGUUUUUGAAUAAUUACUUAGUGAAUUAUCCAUCAGAUUUAGUUUAGAUAUUUGUAUUAAUCGAUGCUGUCCUUUAUUUCGUUACUUUAUUAAAUGAGGAUACAAGAACGUUUUUUUCAGGUUGAUCUCACAGUUUACCUGCAUAUCUCUGAUGCCUCUGAAGUUUUUGUGAAUUUUUCGUUCUCCUAUUUUAAUUAGCCCAAUUAAUUAACAUCUUUAAAAACCUUAUGUUUUAGCUCUCAGAUCAUUCACAUGACAGUCAACACUGUCAUUUACACUGUAAAUUUUUAAAGUUUAAUCAUUGUAUAUUAGUCUAUCAUAGAUGUCAAAAUAAUCCAAUCUAGUUGUAAUUACGUUUGUUUUAGUAUUGGUACUUUUCUUGAUAGUGUAACAUCUUUAGGUCCAAACGAAUUCUUGUUUUUGAAGUGAAUUAUAUAGAUUUGAAAUAUUUGCAAGUGAUUUGUUGCACACACGUACACAUUCACCAAAAAUUGUUUAUAUGAAAUAUAUAUCUACCGAACGAUUUUUUUUUCAAUAUUUUUCUUAUUAGAUGAAAAGUCGAUUUUACCAGGAGUUUCAAACUCACCAGAUUCUUGUUCAUCUCCAGAGGCAACACUCAAUCGUAAUACAAUUAAGCACAGUCAACUUUCUGAUGCUGUAUCCACAUUACCUCGUGUACCAUCAAAUAAAAUCUCUGGAAUAUCAAAUACUUCUAAUAAGAUUCCUUCUAUAUUCAAAUCGUUUUCUAAUUUUAAAGCUAAAAAAGCUGAACUUGCUCAACAAAAAAGAUUAGCUAAAAUGGAAAAAGCUCGUAUUAAAGCAGAACAACAACAAUGUAAAGAAAAAAUUAAAAAUCAUCCACUUUCUUCAUGGAAAUGGCGUGGAUUUGGCACACUUUCUCCGUCUAGUUCUUCAUCAAUGUCCCCUACUGGAUUGUCACCAUCAUCAUCACAUCAAUAAUGAUAUAUCGACUGCACUGCGUUGUGAUCAUAUUCUUAUUUAUUUUUGUCAAGAAAUGAGCAGAUUAUUUGAUUACAUACUAUUUUCUGUUUUCUAUAUCCUCUCUACUUCAUUACAUAGUGUCUUCCAGUUCAAUUAUGUAAAUAUUUACUUGUUUUUUUAAAGUCUUUUUCAGGCACGUUUUGUUUAUUGCAUCAGACUUUUAGAUUUUUAUCAAACUUUCCUAUGCUUCCUUCACUUUUUCCCUUGCUCGUUUUUUUUCCCUCUGUCUAUUUUAAACUAUCUUUAUUUACUCCAUUACAAGCACCACAGAGGCCUUUUAUCAUUAAAUGGAUUCUUUUUUUCCUUAAUGCACAAUAAUAAAAUUCUAGUCUAUUUAUUUUGUCCAAUAAGUAUUUCUUUUUUUCUUUUCAGCAGCAAAAAACCCUGUUUUAUUACGUUACAGUUCAGGUCCAGUAUAUACGAAGCGAAUUAUUUUCUAGAAUAUGAUCAAUCAUGUACAAUAGUAAUAAUGAUAAUAUAUUUGUUUAUUAUUAUUGCAUGUAUGUGCAUGUACCUUCUUUGUUUUCAAUAGUUCACAUAUUAGGAAACAUAUAGAUUGACAUUACCAAUUUACAAUUAUUUUCUUUUCAAUUUAUUUGAAAAUCACUCCAAAUAUUCAUUCAUUUUUAAAUCUUCAUUUGGACAUGUUUCAGAAUGUUUUUUUUUUUAAUAAAUGAAAAACAAAAAUAAAUUCUCUUUUCAUAUAAUAAUAUGUACAAUUUUACAUAGAUAACCAAGUAUAAAAACUCAGCUCUUGAUUAUAUGGAAGUUAUGAAUACUUUUGAAAAGUAGUUCAGUUUUAUUCUUCUUCCUCUUCAUGAUGUUGGCAAUAGAUUCACUGGAAAAUAAAUCCUGUACAUCCAAGUGGAUAUUUUCUUCUUAUUAUUAUUAUUAUCUAUUCUGUCAUAUUAAAUCUUCACUUUGGUUGGCAAGUAUAGGUGUACAUUAAGUUUUAUAAUCUUCAAUGAGUUUAUGACUAUAAUCCCCAGGUUAUCAACUGUUAACUAUAACUGCUUCAAUUUAGGUGGUCAUUGUGUAGCACAAUCUAUCCGUGUUGUAUUUUGGUAACUGUCGUGAUCAGACAUACGAACAAAGGGAUUGCAAUAUGGGAUGUAACUUAACUAGAUACAUCAACGACUAAUGCACGACAACAUUUCAUCUCUGUCUACCCUAUAUAAGUAAAAACAAAGACAGGACAAUACCAGAGAGCUUUUAUGUCUCCAAAAAAGGUAGUAUGGUAUUUUACAAGAAAAUAAUCAAUCGGAACAGAUUUCAGAUGCGCAAAUAACAAUAGUAACUUAUUUUGGCAAUGAUAUUGAUUUGGGCUAGCAUCAAUAGUCCUCACUUUUUCUAAAUUGUUGUACUACUGCCUAAUAUAUGAACUGGUGAAUUCCUGUAUAAAGAGCGGGCAGAAUUCUCAGGAAAAAAUGAAUUAACUCUACCUCAAGACCUCUCAUCAGCUGUAAACAACAUAAUGUCAGACAAUAACAUGAUGAUAAGCAAUUGUUUGACAUCGGUUAAUGAGGCUGAGUUGAAGAUUUAAUGCGUGACGGGAAAUCAUAAGGAGUAAAAGGUUCAAGAUAUAUUAAUUGAAGUCGAAAGGGACGGUUGAAUACAUAAAAGAGUAAAUCACUUAGAAUAGGUGAGGUAAGCAUUUAUUUACCAAAAAUUAUAAUAAAAAUGUGGGAUUACAUAAUCAUAGUAAGAAUAAGUGGAUGCAUCAUCAAUUGACAUGAAUAAAGGCGGGAAUCAAAUUAAUGAGUGAAUAUUGACGGAAAGGUUGAAGUGUGGGAAUGUAACAAGAUUAUCUGUGUGCAGUUAUACUUAUCAUGACAAAGGAAGACUGAUCUCGGUUUUCUGUCGGAGUAGUUUAAUGCCAGUAACCUUUGCAAAAUGAAGUCCGAGUGACGCUUGCUCAUUGUUAAUUAUACGGAAUGCCUUAUAGUACCUGGUCUUGGUGAGGAACUUUAAAGUAAAAUAACUUCAUUUGAUUCCGCAAAUGUUAAACGCAGUAGUAUUGUUUCUCGUGAACUAUGUUAAUUUUCGGCAUGUUCAUAUUUUUGUUAAACUUUUUUUAUCUACUAGGUCAUCAUCUUAUAUGUGAUAAUAAUAGACUUUAUAUAAGCUGAAGUAUAACUCCAUUUCUUAAUCUAAAAUACAAGCUACAUUCCCGAUUGGUUAUAUACUUACAAUCAAUUCUACCGAUUACUUCAUAG